AUGUCCAACCUCGAUCCCCAUGCACCAUCUCAGCCAAGUCAACAGACAGGCUUGAAUCAAGGUCAAAACCCUGCCUCGAAGACAGCUCAAGAACAAACCACAGCACAAGACACUUCCAGCAACCAGUCCAAGACUGUUGACCGCCGUUCAGCUCAUGAUGUACCUUCUGAGCACGGCGAAGUUGCAAAGCCCGGUGCCUUGGGCUCUGGCGAGCGUGGUCCCCUCACAGAGAAACGAAUUCCCGAGUCCGACGCGCAAAACUACUCCAAAGGCGACAGCAAUUUAGAGGGCGAGCAAAUGCGGAUGCCAGGCGAGGGCGACGUUGCAAGAGCCGUGCGAACGGGUGGUGGUGGGGGAUACGGCGAGGAAGAGAGUCUGACACAGAACAUAGACAAGAUGGCGGCCGAACAUGAGCGGGAGUUACACAGACGGGGAGAGCGAACUGGGAAAGAAAUCGAGGAAGAAGCACAGGAAGAUUGGACAGGGAAGAAAGCGGACAUUGCCAGUGCACUGGGCCAAGGGAGGGAGGAUCGUGAUGAGGCAAGUCGUCCGGCCGUGGUUUUGGCUGCGGAGGAGUAA